UCCGCUUUUUGCCGUGCCUCUUUACUUUGUUAGAAGGGUUACCCGUGGUUCUCACUUAAAUCUUAUUAUUGUAUAAAUUUUACAAAAAAAUUAUUACAUACGAUUUAUGAUGAUGAAAUUUACCAUUAAUACUGUGCUUAAGCAAGAAAUUUCUAAGAUAGACCAUGUGUUCCUGCCUGCAGAUUUUCAGGGGAACGUAAGUCAAAUAAGGUUAGUCCAGGAGUAUUUGAAGAAUGUUGUGAACUGGAUUGGAGAAAAGUCUACAAAGGCUCAAGGUCUUAGCAAGACCUUAACCAGCAUGGACAAACUGCGUUCUUCAGAACAUAUUUUGUAUCUUUUAAAAGAUGCUGAGGGAAAUAACGGUGCUGGACAAGUUAUUGGCAUCCUUAAAAUUGGUGUUAAAAGCCUAUAUUUGCAUGACGAAUCUUUGAUUUGUCACAAAGUCAGUCCUCUAUGUAUACUUGAUUUUUAUGUACUUGAGGAGUACCAGAAAAUGGGCUUCGGGAAGAAACUUUUUGAUUAUAUGUUAGCUGAUCAAUGCACUACAGUCGACAGAAUAGCCAUUGAUAAUCCUUCUCAGAAAUUUGAAAAUUUUCUGCAAAAACAUUAUAACAUCGGAAAGUUAUUGAGACAGCAUAACUGCUUUGCAGUGUCUGCAAAAUUUUUCGAGAAUGUUCAGUCAAUAGACGACCAAAAUAUCAGAUUGCCACACAAGGAUAUAAACAAAGCAUUUGAGACAAAUAAUUCCACUUCCGGGCGAUCUACACCAACCCUACCUACAGUGGGGUCAGUGGGUCGCUAUGCAGCACAACAACCACCAUCUUCAAUGAAUUGGGUAAUACACGGAGGCGAUAACAGGCGGUAUAAUACGGAGAUUCCAGCCAGACCAAAGACCACAAGUGAAUCGAAGGCUGAUCAAUCACUCGUUAUUGAUGAACUAAAGCUUAUAAAUGAACCGGAGCGCAUAAUUAAUGUUCCCGAAGCAAAGUACCUCGAGAGGCCGUCUUCUCUUGAAGUACGUCCCGUCUCUGAACAGAUCACCAUUGACGUAACUUCUCAUGGUUCAAUCUCGUCUCACCCUACUCCAUCCCUUACCAAGGAUGGCUAUGUCGAUUUGAAAUAUUAUCAUAACAAACUGUGGUAAAAUUGCGGCAGCUCUAAGGGUUCCAUUAUUGUCGUUUCAUGUUUAAAUUUGAAUCUCUAGUAGAUAUAGCUUAUUAUAAGGUGUAAACCAAAGCUUUUACGGUAAAUCGUCUAUUCGUUUCAAGAGGAGUAAUACUAGCUGCCAGGCUGUAGGAUAGGUUACAAGUAGUGUUCUCUCAUACAACGUUAUAAUAUGUCUACUUGUUUCGUUGCGUUAGUACUAUUAGGAGGGCUGAAAAGUUUGUAGACUGACACAUAGUUGGCGCAAUAGUAUAAACUAAUAUGAUUUUUAUACUGGACGCCCCAAAGACCGAUUAAAACAUCAAAAAAAAGUCCACGAAUAAAUUUUGGAUAGCCGAAAAGAGAUGUUGAUUAAGAUAGCUGAGAGCCUUCAAAGAGAGAUAUCAAAGUAACGUGUUCAACAUAUCCUAGAUGAAUAUUUGUAUAAACGAAUUGAUGAUUCUGAGCAGUGUUUGAAGCUGUUCAAUCGUAAUAAAUCCAAAUUUAUUGCACCAUAUUCUCCAUAUUUCGCCCCCAGCGACUUUUUCCUGUUCGCAGACUUCAAGAGAAUGCUCGUUGAACAGAAAUUUUGCGCUGGAGAAGAGGUAAUCAAACUUAAGCCCAUUUUGAGGCUAAAGGCUCGUACUAUAAAAUUACGAAAAAAAUUAUGACCGCUAUAAUCGUUGUAUCGCUCUCGAAGACAACUAUUGGACAAUCAAAUCAAAUUCUCUAAAAAAAAAUAUUAUGUCUAUGUAUACAAUGUCCUACGAACUUUUCAGCCAGUGGGCUUCAAGUGUGAAGUCUAUCUAAUAAUCAUUGAAAUUAAUAUAUGUUAUACCGGCGCUUGUUAUUUAAGUAAGUAUUAACUGCUUAAAUGUCGGGUACUAAUUUAUGUGGUAACUAUAAUGUUUACAAAUCAAUUGCACAAAGUAUUAUUUAUUUAUUAAUUUAAUCGAUGUUGUUAAGUAUUAAUAAGUUAUUAAAUUUUAUAUAAGUGGCUUUAAUCGGCGUUUAAGUUAUCUGUUACAUUCCCAUUGAUGGCAUUUUUAUUGUCACAUUGUGUUACGGAGCGGAAGAUUUUACUGAAAGGAUAUUUUUAAAUGCUCAAAUAAUAUUUAAAAUGUUGAAAUUUUUUGGCCAAUUCAAAUUUAUGAACACGUUUUGGAUUUGCUCUUUUAUGUGUAGUUUCCUGGCACCUGUGAUAAAUUUAUAUUUUGAUUAACUUAUAAGUGCUAUGUUUUAAUACUCGUGCUAAUGAAAAAAACACGGGAUCAAUUUAAACGGUAGUCACGAGGCAUGUUUACAUUAUUAUUUUUACUAAAUAUUUUUGAUUUUCAAUUAAAUUAUUAUUAAUAA